AUGUCGCAGGAUAUGUUGCUGUGUAUCAGCAUUGGUGGCAACGUGAGGCGUGGUCGGCCAUGUGCGACAACGAGUGGUGGCCACAACGUGACCCAGGGCUGCCACCUCGACGGAAACGUUGGCGACAUCCGAUCACAUUUGAUUCGUCUGCGUGAAGCCAGACGUCAACAAAGAUUGGCGUGGAUACCGUCACCAAUCACUCAAGAAGCGGCCCCUCCGCCUCGCGAUCCACAACCAACAGUGGACAAAACGGCGCAGAGUCGAGUUAUUCUGGAAUUAGCCUGCAAAACUAUCGCCCUGAUGCAGAAGAACCGUCUGAUUCAACAGAAAAUCGUCGCCCUACAGAGGGAGACUUCCAAAUUCGUGGCUACAGUCAUGAGCAACCCAGAGAACAGACGGCGUUAUUUAGAACAUGUACGUCUAUACGGCGCGGGCAAAAUUACACUGGUACCUACAGAUUCGGGGAAUCUACCACUGAAAAUAGAACCAAAAGAUUGA